GGGACAAUUUUCAGUCAGGUACUUUUGCAAUCCACCGCCUUUCCGCCCUACACUCCCUACUUCGGACUUAAGUCGCGAUCCGUUGCUGUGCUUCUUUCACACAAAAUCGUGCUUCUUAAGGAAACGUGUUAUAACAGGCAAUAUUUGAAACAGCCAUCGGUGAGGAAACUCCGUCUCGUGUGUUAAUGGUGGACUAUCACAAGUGCUUUUUUUAAUUGAUCUAUCUUAUCUAGCGUGCGUUGAUUAAUUUUUACUCCCUGGAUUGUGAAAUGUCUGGAAAUGUUAAGCUGUUUUACGUGGUCGUUACAAUGUCUAUUUACUUGAAAGCACUUUGCGUUCUACUUGAAGCAUCGGGUUUGAUUGUAAUUUAUUUUAUAACACCAAAUGAAUUAUUCAGAAAUUCAAUUAUUUCAAGUACGUUAUUUUCCCGCGAAUUAUUACGUGGAAAACAGCUAACGAUGUUUAUUCAACGUAAUUCCUCAAUUUCAAUGCUGUUGGCUGACUGCAGGAUGGUUUCUGUCGAAAUCUUGGUUCGUGUUGAAAACAUUUUCUUACAAUUUCGUAGCGAUGCUUAAUACUCUCAACAUUUUUUUUUUCAUGAUUUAGAUUAUUUUUCCACUAAUUUUAUCCUCGGCACAUAUUUUCCUGUGGCGACUGUUUUAUUGAUGAGUUAACGACAGCAGACUACUAGUGAUUUUAAGAAAACCAUCAUAAUGCAGAAUGCAAUAAGCCCAAUGAAUUACGUGACGUCAGAAGGCGAUUCGGAACCGAAAGCUAGCCUUCUGUUUGGUGCGCGAAAAUCCUGUUAUAAAUAGCUUUUAACUGGGUGAAUCGGCAAGUCAUCUUGAGAAAACAAGUGCAUCGCUUGCUGUUUGACAAUUUGUUUUAUGCAAAUGAGAGACGCUGCGUGUCACCGAACGGGCGUUCUUUUUAAGCCGUAAAUCAUUCAGUUAUUUUGGUUUUAAAUGGCUUCCCACGUUUCCGUGGCAACGUGUCUGUGCAAUUCUACAAUGUGCUACUGUGUGAAUUGAAACUCGGAACAAAAUUAACGAAAAUAAAGAAAGCUACGUUGUGACAGCUAUUUAUAAUUUUGUCUUAAUUGCAGACCUAAAGUUUUAAAAAAAAGGUUUACGGCGAAACACAGCAAAGAGGAUGAGAUUCGUUUUUAAGCUUUUCCGCUCUUUCGGUUUCAGCAUACAGUGAAAUUAAUAGUGGUACAUGUUCUUUGUGUUUGUAAUUUCAUGCCACCAAAGUGUGUUUUGUGGCUGUCAAUUAAGCUUGCGGUUUACCUUCUCAGCCAUUCGGUGCUUUCGUAAUUGAGCAAUAUUACAGAGACACAGCGAACAGGAGCUUUCUAAGCCGAGUGUGCGAUUUUAACUCAAUUUCUGCGAAGGACAUCUCUUGUUAGUUUUGCUUACGAGUAUACCCCACCAGAAAUAAUUAAAAUUUGUACAAGUUAGCUUAAAACUUGAUCUUUUCUUUUUCAGUGUCCGAUGUUUCUUUUAGUGUCAAACAUAGCAAAACGUUUAUUGUUUAGCUGUGCUAAAAUUUAUGGCUUUCACUGAUGUUUUUUGACAUGAAAAUGAGAUUUAUGUGAAUAUCGCCUCGGAGCAGGAUGAUAGCUUGUGAUAUUUAUGAUUUGUUGGGGUGAUAUUACAUCAGGCGAAUUAAGAAAUUCGAACUUCGCGUAGGAUGGAGGAAAAGGAAAAAAAUAAAAAACACUGUCGUGUUCGACCUCGAAUCUUUUUGGCAAUUUUCUUCCGAGUAUAUUCCAGUAUGCUGCCAAUAUGGUUUGUUUUGCUUGGUGGGAAAAAGCAUCGUUUGACCGAAAUGACAUGUUACUCUACUUGUCACUUCGUUUCGUUGUAAACAAAACGAAAUGUAUAGAUAUAUUUAUAUUCCUGUAUCAGUAAGCUCCAUAGGAGCGUUUCUUGACGGAAAUUGCAUUCAACAGGCUUGAUGUAAUGGUUUUGACCCGUGGUAAAGUGACGGUUUUUUACGUCAUGGGAACCACAAGUGUUUUCAAGAACAAUCUCCCGCGUGGGUUUUUAUUUUACUUUAGAGUGUAAAUAAAUCUUUUUUCAGGGUAAAUUAUAGUAGUUUGAUUCUCAGUCCGGAUGUCAACAGAUAAAACCCUAUUUUAGUUUUUUCCCUCAGGUUUUAUAUCAUGUCGUUUCUUAGGUUAAAUUGAAGAAAGGGAGAGAGAAGUAAACUCCUUGGUUUGUUAAAACAGUGAUUUAAAAGCAAGUUUUAAAGUAUUCUGUUCUUGAAGAUCUUCAAAUUUUGAUGUCUACCUCUCGCUUGGAAAUUUGGACAAAAUAUUAAAAUCGGACCUGACAGGUUUCUGUGCGUUUAAUGCCGAAAAAGAAAAUAAAUAAAUAACAUACAGUGUCGACAGAGGAAAAAUUAAAUACCUUUCGUCUUUGUCGUUGAAAGCGAUUGAGAAAUAUCUCAUAAUUGAUACAGGAGAGUUGAAAAAUUGCAAAUAUAUUCUUUUUUUUCACGAUUGCUAAGAUAAGACCUGAAAAAUAUGUAUAAUAUUAAAAUAGGCGAGAAUAUUGUUUGAAUCCCUACAAGUAAAUCAGUGAAAGUGGUUAAUAAUGUGGACUCGGAAAUGUCGCUAAUGAAGCUUCCUGUAAUGAUAUUUUCAGCCAAUAGUGUUGAAGCGUGAACCGCUCAGCCAAUCGGGUGACAGCUGGUCGCUUUUGGCGCGAUUUCGUGCGCGUCAGGCCGCAUUUACCGCCAAAACUCUGGUGCGCCGGCGAUAGCUCAUGCAUAUUAAUUUUCAUAAAUUAUUUGUGAUAUUUUGUAUGCAGAUGAGUGGCCUGGCAACAGGUGGCCCAACAAGUAGCCUAGAGAUCUCAUCGAGUACAGCUUACACAGCUCGAGUUUCCCCGUUCCACAGCAAACCCCGCCUCCAAAACACCCUGAAUAAUAGCCGAGAUGUUUCGCUAAUGGGCCCGAGGCCUUGUCUUGAGUGUUUAUAUCCCCCUUGCUUUCUCUUAUUAUCGGAAAUGGUUAGAAACUGCAUUUUAUUUGAGAGAGGCUCCACUGGACAGCCACUAGGAUUUGUGUUCUGAGCCCGAGAGUCGGUGUGGGAGUUGCGUUUGAAUGAACAUCGACCGUGGUUUCCGGUUGGAUUUCUGAAAAUUCUAUAGGAACAUGUGGGCAGUGAAAUAUUGUUAAUAGCUUCUGUUGACGGAUGAUCGCGAGAUGAAUUUCCAAGACAAGAAUUAUCUCCAUUUAUUAAACUGUGGUAUUGGCGCGGAUGGCUCGUUUCUUUCCUGGAGAAUGGUGAAUUUCGUACUGGUAAGAUAUGACGUUGUUGUCAGUGGACGCAACUACUGAGAAAUGCCGAAAUCGUUCUUGAUCAAAAAGGGAAGAGAAUAUGGAAGCCUGUCUUCAAACUCCGGCUUCCAAACAGACCCGGCUGCUACCGAAGGAGCAACGAGCGAGUCGGGAAAGGCAUCGGGCUUACAAACCGUACCACAUACCAAGCUGAAACACCGCGAAAACAGUAAAAAAGCGAACGGACUCGCCGAGGAGGACACUAAAGAAGAGAGUUUAGAUGAAAACGGGAAUUGUGUUGAAGAUUGUGGCGCUGAACGACGUGGGGAUCGACGCCAAAGAGGCGCUGAACACACCAGCGGUGGUCGAAGCCGGUACGUGUGUGCCGAAUGUGGUAAAUCGUAUGCCACGUCGUCGAAUCUCUCCCGACAUAAGCAGACUCACAGAAGCUUGGACAGUAAGCUUGCCAAACGCUGCGAACACUGCGGCAAGGCCUACGUAUCUAUGCCGGCCCUGGCUAUGCAUGUUUUGACGCACAAGCUUCUUCACAAGUGUGACGUCUGCGGGAAAGCCUUCAGCCGUCCGUGGCUUUUACAAGGACACAUGAGGUCGCACACGGGUGAGAGGCCUUUCCUAUGCCCUGAAUGCAAUAAGGCAUUCGCAGAUCGCUCGAAUCUCCGGGCGCACAUGCAGACGCACUCCCCGCUCAAGCAAUUCAAGUGCGACCGCUGCGAUCGAACGUUCGCUCUGAAAUCAUACCUCAAUAAACACGCCGAGUCCGCCUGCGCUCGCGAGAUCACUACAAACAAAGCGCAGUAAACGGCAACCGACACGAUUCUUCGUUCUAGAAGCUGAGGUGAAUAAAGAAAAAAGCUAAAGCAAAACACAACUAACAUAGGUAGUUAAUGUAGCAUUGUGUUCAUGUAAUGUUAUUGGUCGUAUAACCUGUAGAGCGUUUAUCGUGAAAUAGAGGAUGUAGAUUUAAAAUUGCAGAUUUGGCUCUGCGAAAAGACGCUUCAAAAAUUGUGGAAAAAAAUAUUUCAGGCUGAAUUUAUCUUAAGCCAAAGGAUGAGUUUGUCAUGAUUAAUCUGCUAUAUGUCUCAACUGAGAGACAUGCAACCAAGAGUAUUAAGAGAUUUAAGUUCUUUCUGGGAAAGAAAAAAUAUAUUAGCUGUCAUUUUUGGUAGUAUUUACCUUGUCCGACAGUGAAAAAUAAGCGUAUUUGCUUUGGCUGUUCGAGAGGAAGUUGAUUGGGCUUCGCAAAAGGAGAGUUUUUAUUUAUCCGCUAUGCCACCAAGAGUUCGAUUUCAUUUGAAAUCUCACGGAAAUAUCACUGAAGUAAAAUAUAUUCACUAUGGGAAAAUUCUCCUCCUGCUAUGCUGUAAAUCCAUCAUCUUAUUUCGCUAGAAAGUAAGAGUUUUUUUUCGUGUUUAUUGGCGCAAUUUCUAAGGGUAUUUGGCUCCCUUCGUUAGUGGCAAAUUCGUUGUUAAUUUUAGCCUUGUUGGUUCAGUUGUAUUUUGUAUUCAUUUUUCUUACGUUUUUAAUAUUAAUAAGCGGCCAUUUCCUUUACUUUAAAACUGAAUAAUUCGACCGCGUCGAUGAUUUUCUCCGCUUUAUAAUUUCAAAACGAUCAUACGGAAAAUAAAUUCAGCAAAGAAAAUAAUUUGUAGAAAGAUUUCGAAUUUACACAGGCUGCACUGCCAGGCGGUUUGUUUGCUAUGUUUCAUGAAUUAAAAUUCAUAAUUUAUUCUUUCGCUAAAAACCACGUCUUUUGAAUUAAGUAAUUGUAUUGAAGACGUCGUGAAGAACCUUGGGGUAUGGUUUGGAAAGGAUUUCCAUUACAGUUGGGUUUCAAAAUAUAAUUGAAUAGAAUUUUUAAUUUUCCUCGCCAUUGUGAGGAAUUGGCCGAGGCGCACGACAAGAUGUUUUAAGCCCUGAAUUAUCAAUUUAAAUCCUUGAAACACAAGACCAACGUUAGCGCGGAAAGCUAGGAAGUUUGCGUAUCGUUUAUUCCACGGCCUUUUUACGGCCGUUGAAUAUUUGGUGAUCAAAUUAUAUUACACUCGUUUUGGACGAUAACAAUCUGUCGUUAGAUAGUGAAAAGGUUCGAAUCCUUCCCGGUUCACCUCUAGUAAAAGCGUUAUUUACAUCAUAAAUCUUCUGAUGCAGGGUUUAUGGAGAAACUAUCGCUGACCUUUAGUCGUUAAUUGCCAUUUUCUCUGUAGUUAAUACAUUUGUCGUUGUUUCAAGAAAAUGUAAGACAUGAGGUUACCUUUUGGCAAGCUUUAUUGGACUGACUUAUAAAUUACAAUCUCCAUUCGUGUUUCGAUUGCUCUAAGAGAUUUUAAGAUUUGAUAUAGGUUUUGGGGUUCCUAUUACAUGUCUGUACACGAUGUUCAGGUCAUUUAAAGGGCUAAGGUUAUUUGCAUGUAUUAAGGGCAUUUGUUGAGAUCAAUGAAUUACAGCCAUGUAAAAUUAAUUGUACAUAUAUUAACGUGUAAAAAGGAAAUCUUAGGAAAUGCAUUUUAUCCUUUCAGUCCUAAUCAGAAAGUAAUUUUUUUUCUUGAAAUGUCAAUGAACAGUCGGCAUGCAGGUCAUGGGAAUUUGGAAAUUGAUCAGCAAGAGGAAUUUGGUAGUGGGAUAAACGAAUUGUGAGGGAUAAUAUGUACAUACCUGGCGAUAUCAGGCGAUACCAGGGGUUAAGAUACGGUAGUAAUUGAUCGCACUGCUCGGUCGGGCGAUAUCAGAGGACUUUCUGCUCUUAUGGGGCUCCUCAGUUUUAUCUGCUUCACAGAUUUUGAGAUAUUACUUGCGUACACUGAAAACACGCCUCAACAUUGUUAAUGUUUUAGCUUGUAUAUUUUAAAUACCGUAUUAUUAAGGUACAUUUGCUAUGUAACCUUUAAAAUUUCUAUUUUGCUAGUCAGAAAAAAUGCUAUAUUUGCGCUUUGCGUUAAACUGCUUAUUUCACUUUUUGUGGAAAUGUCGUUGUCAUUUCGUUGCAAGAAAUGGAGUGUAACCUAGCAGCAGCAGGUCUGUGAACAGAUCCAGGGGAAUAUUUUCUGUAUUAACUACUUUAAAGGCCCCCAGUGAGCACCUUCAAAGACUUGUCUGACGUCACAGGUCAAGUUCAUAUCACGUUGAUAAUCUGUUUGUAAUCUAUUGUGGGUUUUCUUCUCAUUCAAAGGAGGCUUCUGCAGUAAAUGUAUUCCUUUGUUGUGGAAUCUCUGAUUAAACUGUGACAGGUUGCCAUUGA